AAUGGCGGCGAUGUUAAAGGAUAAAAAUCAAUUACAGUUUGAGGAUAACUGGCCUCAAAUGAGGCCAACUAUUUUGAAACUUUUACGUCAGGAACCUGUCAGCAGAAGUGAAUGGCAAGAUUUAUUCUGGUUAGUGCAUUCUGUUUGUCUUUGGGAUGAUAAAGGUCCACCAAAAGUUUAUACUAAUUUACAAGAAGAUAUUUUAGAAUUUAUUAGACAAGCACAAACUAGGGUUUUGGCUCAUCAAGAAGAUCAAGCUCUUCUUAAAGCUUAUAUUGCUGAAUGGAGAAAAUUUUUUACUCAGUGUAAUUACUUACCUAUGCCAUUUGGUCAAUUAGAAGCUACAUUAGCUGGUAAAUCUGCUUCUGUCCAAAAGAAAGGACAAAAUGAAGAAAGUAUAGUUAGAAAGCUUAUGUUGGAUAGUUGGAAUCAGAGUAUAUUUUGUAAUAUUAAACAUCGACUUCAAAAUAGUGCCAUGAAACUCGUCCAUGCGGAACGUAAUGGUGAAGCAUUUGACUCUCAAUUGGUAAUUGGAGUAAGAGAAUCAUAUGUAAAUCUCUGUUCAAAUACUGAAGAUAAACUUCAGAUUUAUCGAGAGAAUUUUGAGAAAGCUUAUAUUGAGGCUACAGAAUCAUUUUAUCGAGCAAAAGCACCACAAAUUUUAGAGGCUAAUGGUGUACAAAAUUAUAUGAGAUAUGCAGAUCAAAAAUUAAAAGAAGAGGAACAACGAGCAUCAAAAUAUUUAGAAUCCUAUUUUGGAUCUGUUCAAGCAGAUUUGGUGACCGACUGUUGCCUUUCUGUUGACAUUGGCUUCUUGGUUUAUACACUUAUUGUUAUUAAUGUAACUAUUAAUAACAGUAACAAAUAUUUAGGGUUACAACUGAUGUUCAAACUGAUGGAUCGUGUUCCUGAUGGAAUAACUCCUAUGCUUCGUGAUUUAGAACUACAUAUUGUUGACCAAGGCUUAGCAGAUAUGAUUGCUUCUGCUGAUAUUAUUACUCAGGUCAAUUACUUGAUAAGGCAAUUGACUUUUCAAACUGAGAAAUCAAAUUCUCUAAAAGUUCCAAGAUUUUUCUUGGAAGAAUUUGACAUUAUCAAUCUCACAAACAUUAAGUUUUUGUCUAAAAAAAUGAAUAGGUCAUCAGUGUUGUCUGAUGCAGAACUAUAA